AUACCAGUUCUGCUCUUCACUUUCCGCACAACGGUGGUUCAGUGAACACACAAAUCGAUCCAACGUCUAGCAUUCAAAAGGCUUACGCCCCAGUGUAUUUAUCAACCCGAUUUUACCGAAGAAUCAACAAAAACAGAAAAAAUGCCAGGACUUGGUGAUCCAGUUGGUUUCCUUAAGGAUUUCGCUGCAGGAGGUAUCUCCGCUGCUGUUUCAAAGACAGCUGUAGCUCCAAUUGAGCGUGUGAAAUUGCUAUUGCAAGUUCAAGCCAUCUCAAAGCAAAUCGCCGCCGACAAACAAUACAAAGGUAUCGUCGAUUGCUUCGUCCGUAUUCCAAAGGAACAAGGAUUCUCCGCAUUCUGGCGUGGUAACUUGGCUAAUGUCAUCAGAUAUUUCCCAACACAAGCUUUGAACUUUGCCUUCAAAGACAAGUACAAGCAAGUCUUCUUGGGUGGUGUUGACAAAAAUACUCAAUUCGGCCGUUAUUUCCUUGGUAACUUGGCAUCUGGUGGUGCAGCUGGUGCCACAUCGUUGUGCUUUGUCUAUCCACUUGAUUUCGCCCGUACUCGUUUGGCUGCUGAUGUUGGCAAAAGUGGUGCUCGUGAAUUCACUGGUCUUGGUGACUGUUUGAGCAAAACCUUCAAAUCCGAUGGUCUUGGUGGUUUGUACCGUGGUUUCGGUGUAUCAGUACAAGGUAUCAUUAUCUAUCGUGCUGCUUACUUCGGUUUCUACGAUACUGCUCGUGGUAUGUUGCCAGAUCCAAAGAACACACCACUCUACAUCUCAUGGGCCAUUGCUCAAGUUGUAACCACUGUUGCUGGUAUCGUGUCAUAUCCAUUCGACACAGUCCGUCGUCGUAUGAUGAUGCAAUCGGGUCGCAAAGCCACCGAAAUUAUCUACAAGAGCACAGUCCACUGCUGGGCUACAAUUGCCAAACAAGAAGGAUCUGGUGCCUUCUUCAAGGGUGCAUUCUCAAACGUUCUCCGUGGUACUGGCGGUGCUUUCGUGCUUGUCUUGUACGAUGAAAUCAAGAAGUUGUUGUAAAUUUAAUUUUAAAUUUAAAACACGAUAAAUACACUGAAAAAAAUGAAUAAACAAAAAACUUGAAAAAAAAAAAAAAA